AUGGUUCAGUUGCCUGUGCGAGCAAUUUCUGAUGGUGCAGCUCCAAGCUCCAAGCACCAAAUGCAGAACGGAACGGCAAAAGGAUCAACGAAUGGAUCGGCGAAGACGGGUCGCGGGACAAUGGCCAACUGGACCACCGGUGCCCCGCAGCGGAAAAAUCAUCCCCGGCCCCAGACGGCCCGGACAACCUCCCUCACCCGGCAGGAGUGCAGUUCCUGCUCUUCCAUCGCCUCCUGUCCCAUCUUCUCCGGAAGGCAUACUGACCAAGAGGAGGAUCCACCUCCACGCUGCCCCUCCAGCAUCUCCUCCCCCAGCCUCCACAAAUCCAUCUCCAAUUCCAGCCAAAGUCCCAAGGGCUCUCUACCCAGUCUUUACUCAUAUGGCCCCAGCCCCAAGGGCUCUCUACCCAGCCUCCAAGGCUCCUUACCCAGCUUGAAGGGAUCCAUCUCUGGGUUGAGGCGCUCUUUGGCGAGUCUGGAUCGCUCCAGCCCGGGCCCGCGUAGCUCCAGCCUGGGCCCGCGUAGCUCCAGCCCCAGCCCUAGCCCCAGCUUGCGCAGCUCCAGUCCCAGCUUGCGCAGCUCUAGCCCCAGUCUUCAGAGCACAUCUAGCUCCAGCGUGUGCAGCGGAAGCUCCAGCGAGGAUGACAGCUGGGAUACCAACAGCUGGAGUUCCGGUGCCACUUGCCUGCUACGCACCUCCAUAAAGCAGCACAGCGACGAGGUGUUCCGUGCCCGUGCCAGCUCCCCUGGUCCUGGUGGCAGGGCCAAUGAGGCCACCGCCAGUGACAAGUCUACAGAAAAUGUCUACCAGACCUUGGGGAACUGCGAGGGUGAUAGCGGAAUGGAUAGAGCCGAAAGCCAGGAGGAGGCGGCGCAAGUGUUGAAAGUAAAGUGGGAUUCAACCCAAAGCCUGUCGUCAUCCAACAACCAGGGCCAAAGCAAGAUUGUAACCUUCUCAGCACAGCAGGAGCAGAAACUGGAGGAGCGUCUCAAGUUCUCCCAGUUCCUAGAUGAGGUCACAAACAGGGUACUGGUUCCAGGGAGUCCAUGGGAGUCCUCCAACCCAAUCCGACAGAGAACACUAGCUGCAGCUGCAGCCUCCUGGUACAGCCCAAUGUCUUCCUCUCUACAGCCCAUUCAGGAACUACAAGAACCGAAGGUGGACUGUUUCCAAUUGGAGCACCAGUGGAGCAAGUACAGCAUUCCCAGCUGUAAGGUGCUGGACCCUGGAGAAGGCCUGAGGAAAGUGGGCCAGGUGGAAAGCUGUUUCCACUCGGAGCUGGCGUCCGUAGGGAGAACCUAUCUGGAGACAGACAUCGACAUUGUUAGGAGACAGGAUGAUCUAGAUUCUCUACAUGAUCACAAGGAUGAUCUUCGCAAGCGUCUGUCUUACACCACCCACAAACUAGAGAUGGUGGAGUCUGAGUUUGACUCCACCCGUCAGUACCUGGAGACGGAACUCCGUCGAGCCCAGGAAGAGUUGGAGAAAUUCACUGACAAACUACGCAGGAUCCAGAGCAGUUACGCAGCUCAACAGAGGAUCAAUCAAGACCUGGAGGACAAGGUGCACAGGACGUCCCAGCACCAUGAGGAUGAGAAAAGAGCGCUGAGUCGAGAGAUUAUCGUCCUCAACAAUCACCUCAUGGAGGCCAAGAUCACCAUUGAAAAGCUCAGAGAGGACAAUGACCUGUACAGAAAGGACUGUAACCUGGCAGCACAGCUCCUACAGUGCUCCAAGUCACACCACAGAGCCCACAAGCUAUCUGAGCUGCCCAUUGACUUCCAGGAGCGGGUGAGCUCCCACAUGGAGAAGCAAGGCCGGGGCGUCACCAUGGCGCUGUGCCACUCGCCCUACUCCGACGCUGUGCCCACUGCCGUCAUCGCCAAGGUGCUAGAGAAGCCGGAGCCGGGCAGCAGCUGCCCCAACACCCGUUCGCCCAGCCCCCAGCCAUUGGAGGAUGAGGGCCAUGACCAUAACUUUGUGCCCACUAGCGCGGGCGGCGGCACCGAAAGCCUCCGGCGCCGCACAGCUUACCGCACAUCGGACCUGUACUGCAGCGACACAGCCCUCUACUGCCCCGAGCGCUGGCAGGAGCGCAGACAGAGCGUGGAUGUCCAUGCCCGCCCCAUGGGUCUCGUCCUCCAGUCCCAGAACUCCACAGACUCCAACCCCGAGGAGGAAGCCUUCCAUUCGGGUAACUUCUCCCAUCACGGGGCCCACUCCUUCCAUGGAGAGUUUGCCGCAGGCUCCUUGAGGGCCUCUAGCUCCUACUCCAGCUUCAGCCAGGCAUCGGAAGACGAGAAGGGCGGGGAAGGCUGCGGCGGUGGCCCCAGUAGCACCAUGUCCUCCUCCCACCAUGGGCUCUACAUGGACUGGCGGGAUGGAGGUUACGGCGAGCGAAAGAGCACCUCAUCCUAUGAGAAGGACAGCCCUCCUGGCCACAGCGUCUUCCCCAAAUCCCACAGCUUCCAGCACAUGGCAAUGCCGCCUUCCCCCAGCCCUGCGAAAGGCGGCGGUGGCUCUUCACCGGCUUACGUAUGCACAGCAUCCUGCGGCUACAGUGAGCCAUACCACUCGCCGCUGCUCAUCGCAUCGUCACACAGUGUGGGCUCAGCCCAGGGAGGAGGACCCCGGGGUGUGGAGCGCUCCGAUAGUCAGGCCAGCAUGGUCAACAUGGGUGUCCCCACCGAGGAGGAACUGACUGGACGCUGGAGGCAGCUGAGCGUAGAGGACAUCAACUCCUACUCCUUCAACCGCAACCCUGGCCGUGUGUCUCCCUACAGCUUCUCCGAGCAGCACUUUGCCAUGGGCCCGGCCAAGAUUAAACUGGGGCCUCUCUACAGCAGCUUCCAUGAGGGGGACGACAACGUCUUCCUCCACAGCCAUGUGCUGGACCAGUGCUUGGCUGCUGCCGCCAGUGGUGGCCUCUCACCCAGCCCCAGUCCCAGUCCCAAACACCCCAGCCUGGGCCUGCGGGGCAAGCCGGACAAUCCCCCGCCCCUGUACAGAGCCAAGGUAGACAGCCAGGACUCAGAGUGCAGCCUGCAGUUCCUCUCAGGGAGCCUUAAGGAUAAGGAGAGCGGGGCUGCUGGAGCGGCAGGGGGAAGCAUGAACAAGGAAUACGUGGACGUGAGCCCCAACAGCUCAGCUGAGUCCUUACACCACCAAAGCUCCCUGGAAGCCUCCAGUCUGCAGCACUGCCAGAGGGAGAGAAUGAGGCCCAGCCCUAGCCCGGCACUUCCCAAAAAGAGUUCUCAACAAUACCAAAAAUUUGGAAGCACAGGAACAGGACUGAGCAGGAAGGACAGUCUGACCAAGGCCCAGCUGUACGGCACCCUCCUGAAUUGAACCGCUCGGUAACACUUUACUUGGACCUGACAGGUAUAAUGCAUUAUGAUGCGGUUAUAAUGCAUUGUAAGACUUGUCAUAAGCACGUAUGACCCCCCUUAGAAAUUCUUAAUAUUAUCUCAAUGACUAGAUGAUAGCAAUUUUGAAAAUGUGUUUCAUAAAAGGACAUAGCAAACUGUAAACCUUGUGAUAAGACAUGAAAUCUCAUACGUGCUUACAACAAUUAAUGAAGCAUUAUACCUGCCGGCUUCAAGUAGUGUAACCAACAGCUUCUCCUCUUAUGCAUGAUGAUUGUGUAGGUCUCCAUGUUUCCGGUGGCAAGCACACAGUGGGUGUGGAUGUGAGAUGUUCUUGUAUUCCGGCGAAGGCACGUUUCAAGCUGUAUGAGAAGCUAUACAGCUGUUGUUGUUGUUUUGGCUGUUUGUUUAUGUCAUGAUACGGUGUAGUUAUCAGAGAUAACAGCCACUAGAUUUCCGUACCGUUUCUUACAGUAUAUCAUCCCCUUAGUCUCUCAGACAGCCAUUCAGCAAGCUCAGAGCUAUUUUGUGGAAGGCUCAUAAGUAAAAUGAUCCCUUAACCUUAACAAUGACAGCAUUGAGGCAGUAACUACUGUACAUGCACUAUUAGCAUUUGAAGUAUGUCAGUAAAACAUGCCAUUUAGUACCAAGCACAUUGGUAUCCUUUAGUACCAAGCAUAACGCGUCCGAUUCAUUUGGGCAACAGACUGACUAUUAGAGCCUCAUUAGCAUGGCAUAACACCAACUAAAGGCUAUCCAUUAUGUAUAUGAUGUCCUGCUUCCAAGGCCUCAUUUUCUCAUCGACAAACUGCAUGUUAAUUAUGCAUAUAUGAAUGGACUGGUUCUUCUAGGCAGAAAGUCAUGGAUAUCUCCUGAACAUUAGAGAGGCACUACAGAAAUAAAUGUUUAUUUCUCUCACUCAAUUAGCAUAUUGAUACUUAGGAGGAACACGUCUGAAAAAUACAUUCGGUGUGUAUUGGAAUUAGAUAAAUCAAAGACAGUUUUAAAAUACAUACACUGUCGGUAACACAAUAUCAAAGACAUUGUAAAUACAACAACUGUAAAGUUGGUGGCGCAGUAUGUGGUAUUUUCCUGACGAUAAUACUAACAAUAUAAAGGAAUAUAUUUACAAUAUGAUUGGCAGGAAUGUACCCCCACAGAGCAGACAUUGACAAGAGAUAAAUGAUUUAAAAAGUUUGCACAGCAGGUUGUCCAAUAUUCCAUGUAUCCAGGCUAGUGUUACUCUGUAUGAAUAUUACAUGUAGGAAUUUGGCCCAAAGCACCCAACGUUUUAAUGCCCAAAUUGGAGAAAAAAAAACAUGAAUUCAAAUGCUGUUGCUUGAAUUUAUGAAUACCCAACAACUAGUAAGUACAUUUUGCCUUAAUUCUGUUCAGUAGCUAGUCUACUCCUUUACUACAAGUCUGACAGUGGUAUUUGUGUGUGUGUAUCUACAGUAUAUCACAAAAGUGAGUACCGGUACACCCCUCACUUUUGUUGCCAGCGGUUUAGACAUUAAUGGCUGUGUGUUGAGUUAUU